AUGGCGGGCAAGAGGCGGCGGGAUGCGGAGGCCGCCCAGGUUCCGGCGGCGAAGGGCGUGCCCGGCGUGGGGGAGGAGGAGCGCAGGGCGUUCGAGGCCGCGUAUGAGACCUUCCGCAGGAGCAGGGGGGAGCCGGUAAAGAGUUUUGCACAGCAAGGAGCGCACGUGUUCAUGCUGUGCAGCCUCUAUUACGAGGUCAAAGGGGCUGGCGGAUACGAUGCUGUGGGAUCAAAGUCGCUGUGGGGGCAAAUCGCCGCCAAGCUGCUGAGAGUGUCAAAGCGACAGACAACAGCUGCCAAGGCGACCCAAGCCUGUUAUGAAGCUUGGUUGCUGCCAUUCGAACCUCAUGCAUCAAAAUACCUAUACCAGGCCCAAGAUCAUGGCGUCUCCCCGCCGGCACCCGCCCCCACCCCGCUCCCCAGCGACCCUAGCGCCCACUCCACGUGCGCCUGGGGGGACCCUACCGCCCGCUGGCGCUCCAUGCGCACUUGCCCCACCUGGGCCGCCGGGCCCACGCCCCCCCACCCCCUUGCCCGCUGCUCCCCGCCCAUCAUCAACUCCCAGGAGUCCACCGCCGCCGCCUCCACCUCGAUGCUCUCGGCAUGCGCCCAGCAGCUUGCCCGCCAGGCCAUGGGCGGGAUUCCCAUCAACGCGGCGCUCAGAGAUCACAGAUGGGAGGUCAGAGAUCAGGCACCGGCGCCGGGGUGCAACGGCGCUGUGUCCAGUUCUCAGCAGGCGGCGUCCGCAGCGCCCACCCGGGCGCCGUCGGCGGGAUCGUCGCAGCUCAGCCUGCCCAGUGACCUGGGCUGGACGCGGCUGAUCCCCGUGCUCAGCCCGCCCACCUGCCCCGCGCGCGGCUUCCUCCUCGAGGGCCCGGCCGCCCUGCCCUCCGCCGCGCCCCUGCCGCAGGUCGCGCCCAGAUCGAUGCCAUCCAGGGGUUGGAACGGCGGGCCGGAUCGCGCCAUCGUGACCUCACUCGAUUAUGCGACGCGAGAUCAAGCCGUGGUGGCCUCGCGGGAUGCCGCGAUGCCCACGGCAGGGCGACCCAGGGGUAGGGGGAGGGGCAGGGGGCGCAGGGGUGGGCCCAGGGGCCCGGGCAGGCCGCGGGGGAGGGGCAGGAGUCCAGGGAGGGGCAGGGGGCGGGGCCCGGGGAGGCCCCCCAGGCGGGGAUUCGGUUUGAUGCCCCGCGGCACGCGGUUUGGAGGGAUGCGCAGCGGGGCCGGACGCGGUUCCAGGGCGGCGGAGGGCGCGAGGCUCGUGGGGUGCCUGCUGAGCCCCUACCUGACAAGCGGCCUCCCCACCGCGCAGCAGAUGGCGCCGCUGCCCGCGGGCCCGGUGGACGUGCCGGACCCGGUGCCAGGUGAGGCGGGGGGGCUUGGGCGCGGUUUUUUUUCUUUUUCUUGGUCCGAAUUGGCACUUUAUGUCCGAAUUAAAUAUCAAAUGACCGGCUCGAAACGCCAAAAGGGGACCCUGAUUCGGGCAGCUUGUCCUGGAGGAAACGCUGAAACGUGCCCUAAUUCGGACAUUGUCUGGCAUGAACAAGCAGGAACCCACUGA